GUACAGAGCGUUACCUCAAUGAAGCGACGGGUGGUUUUCAGUGAGUCGGAUUCAGAUGAUGAAAUCAAGACCAAGGAAAAGCCGACAGUAAAACAAAGUACGAAACGAUAUUCUGAGAAGAAAAGGAAAUGCACAGACGUCGAUGAUAAUCAAAUAUCCUGCCGUGAUAACUCUCAGCAGUCAAUAAUCGACGCUUUACGACGACAGCAAGAGUUAUGCAAAAUCUCCCGUGGCAAGAAAGCAAAUACUAUUGAAGCGUACUUCUCACAGUCUGUGAAACCCAAGAAGAAUGUAGUUUCCGUUGAUGAUUUCUUCGGACCAUCUGGAACAAAAUCAAAUGCUAAGGUGAGCUUUUAAAUAAUACGAAUUCUUUGGUCCUUAUCAACCCAUCACUAAAAACCUUUGUUUGGGAAAUUGUACGAUAUUAUUCUUCAUCGCCGUUCAAUAGGUAAUGGUAAAAAUACUCAGUCUAUCCAAACAUGUUUAUGAAGGUUUAUUUGUAUAUUUUGUGCCCGUUUCCUGCUUUGUUGUAAUCAUCUACCAUUUGAUUUGAUAUAAUUAAACUGUGGGAUGAACCAAUUGGGUUUCAAAUUGCAUCUUUUAAACUCUUGCGUGAAGUCUUUUCAUCUGUAUGAGCUUAUAAGUUCAUUGCAUUAAAGUAGGUUUUGGUUUUCUGGUCAAAAUACUAACCCUGGUCUAUUACCCUGCCCCCUAACCUUAAAUCCCAGUCUUAAUCUUCAACAUUAAUUCCUAACCGUAUCUUGAAACGGGUAAAUGGUUGAAAUUUCGCAGUGCGAUUUCAAAAAUUGCUUAUAUUCGCUCCAACACUGUUUCGAGUGCGAGAUUCCUACUAUUCAAGGUUGCUAAAUAUUUCUGUACCUAUUGCGUGGUUACUUCCUGGCCUUUGUCUUCAGAGUAAUUGUACCCUGUCAUAAGUAAAUUAAAACAGCUUACAAAACCACAUUUGUAAAGGUGCAUUACAUCAUGAACGUGUUAUUAUGUUCUUGCAUAUUGUUUUUACAUUUUUGCAUUCUUUCUCAGCUAUAUUUUGGCACCAAGUUUCUAAACAACAAAUAUUUACUCCAUGCUCUGUUGUUUUUGCAUCUUUUCAUCUGUUACUACAACUGACUGGCUAACUAGUCACUUUUUAUUUAUUUAUUUAUUUAUUUAUUCAAACACAUAAAUAUUGGUACAAGAGGGCACCAUAUAUAUAUAUAUAUAUAUAUAUAUAUAUAAUUCCUACUCAUCGACUUCUCGUGGCGGGGAUGUUGUUUAUGAAAAUGAGAGGACGAGAAGCGAAUGUCCGGCGCUUUAACCGGAUCCCAAACCAAUGGUGCACGUGAGCUCCAGUAUCCUGCGGGGACAAAUGGCGUUUUAACCAAUCGUCGGUCACCGGCUACCAUGGGACUGCAUCUUCUCACGAUGCUCCACUGCCUUGUGGGUCAGACCUUUAGGUCAAAGGCUCGGGGUGUGACCCCCUGGGAAAACCACCUGCUUCGGUCUGGGCACCCGGGCAGUACCACAUCCCACACACAAAUAUGAUGAAAUGUCGUUAUUUAUGGAAAAUACUUUUCUUGCUUCGAUUAACAAUCAAACGAUUCACGUUAUUAUUACUAUUAUUGUUAUUAACUAGUCACUCAAAAUGCUUGACGCGAUUAUAAUGUAUAUGCCUUCAAUCCAUGACAACACCCAUUUCGGAUGGUCCAAUAAAUUUUAUUGAAUUAUUUGUUUGCUUACAUUUGUUAAAACAUCUGUUUUAAGCCUUCUGGUGUCGUCAGCACACCACCUCAUUCACCGAUGGAGAUCAUCCAGGAUACACCAAUAUUAUCUCCGAAAACACCUCUGGGGACCAGAGAAAGUUAUAAAAGCUCACCCCAAAUCAAUGUUAUCUCGGAGGGUGUGAAGACAACUAGUAAUCAAACGUCAUCCAUGGUUAAUGAAUCUCUUAAUGAUAGCACUGAUACUGCUGUAAAAGAUCGAAAGCAUUUUUGGGCCUACAAAGCUCGCGAUGGUCCUCGCAGUCUUGGAUCAAGAGAAAUUCCUAAGGGAACUCCGGAUUGUUUAAAGGGACUAAACUUUCUCAUCACUGGAAUACUAGAGUGUAUUGAACGAGAGGACGCCGCAAAUCUUAUUCAGAAUUGUGGUGGAAAAGUUUUAAAAACAUUGGGUAAAAAGACUGAUUAUCUCGUUGUCGGACGUGAACCUGGUGCAGCCAAAAUCGAGAAGGCUAACAAUUUGAAAAUUAAGCAGAUUACCGAAGAACAUCUCUUUGAAAUGAUAGAAAAGUCCAGUAAUAUUCCUCUUGUAAAUCAUAAAUCGAAUGUAUCCAGCUCAGAAUCUUCCAAGAAAUUGGAGCCUGUAGAUGCAAACGAUAGUAAACAAAAUUUAAAAAGUCCUAAAAAAUCCCCUAAAAAGAAUCAGUCUACCAAAUCACCGGAUAAUGCUCCUAAAUCUCGUAAACAUGAAUCUCCGAAUAAAUGUGCACGAAAAUCUGUGAUGUCCUCAUGUAGUGAACUUCCUCUUACUGCACGUCCUGUUUUAACUAAUAAUUCAACAUUCAAUAAUAAAACUGAUCGAAGUCAUAGCAGUGGUUUAUCCAAAAUUCCUACUAAUGUCAUCGAUAAGCAAGAUUCCCUGUCCAAGGAGAUGAGUUCGAAGUUGUCUGAAUUAUGGGUUGAUAAGUAUAAACCAACGUCUAUUCGCUCACUGAUUGGUCAAAACGGUGCACAAAGUCCAGCCAAUCGACUUUUAAAUUGGCUAUCUUCCUGGCACUCAAGUUUUUCAGCAGGUUUAAAAGCGAAGGCUUACUCAAGUGCCCCUCCAUGGGGCCCGUCAUCUAGUGAUGAUGGGAAGUGGGCGCGCGCAGCACUUCUUUCGGGACCUCCAGGGAUUGGCAAAACAUCAACCGCUAUUUUAGUAUGCAAAGAACUCGGUUAUACUUAUUGCGAAUUUAAUGCAUCCGAUUGUCGAUCCAAGCGGUGUUUAAGUGAAGAAAUAGGACAGUCUUUGGGUUUACGAAAUUUGUCACAUAUGGCGUUUGGCCAAGCAUCAACAUUAAAUUCUGGUCGUCACGUUUUAAUUAUGGACGAAGUAGAUGGUAUGGCUGGUAAUGAAGAUCGCGGAGGAAUGCAAGAACUUAUUAACAUGAUUAAAAUUACUCAAUUACCUAUUAUUUGUAUGUGCAAUGAUCGUCAGGCUAUAAAAAUACGCUCUCUGGCUAAUUAUUGUCUCGAUUUAAGAUUUCAUCGUCCACGAGUUGAACAAAUAAAGUCAGCAGUAUUGUCUAUUGCUUGCAAAGAAAAUGUGAAUUUACCUCCGGAUGUAUUAACAAAUAUUAUCGAUUCUAGCAAUCAUGAUAUUAGACAGGUAAUUAAUAAUGUUCAAAUGUGGUGUAGCUCUGGUUUAAUUGAUUCCGAAGGAUUAAAAGCGGAUGCAUUAGGUGCACGUAAAGAUCUACACUUAAAUGCAUUUGAUGUGAUUCGUAAAGUUUUUGCACCAGAUAUUUCUGGUUCUCAAGGCAGUGUUGCUACAUUCAAUGAAAGUUUAGAUUUAUUUUUUCAAGAUUACAAUUUAAUUCCUUUGUUUGUUGAGGAAAAUUAUCUUAAUGUUAGAGUUCAUAAUACCCAUGACGAUAAAAAAAUUUUGCAAUUAAUGUCUCAAGCAGCGUCUGACAUCGCCACGGCAGAUAUCAUUUCAUCUACUAUCAGAUCAUCACGUACGGGAUCAUGGUCUUUAUUACCUGUUCAAGGUGUGUUCAGUACAGUUUCACCUGGUCGUACUCUUCGUGGCUCUUUACCUGGUGGCCCAGGUGGUGUUUCAUUUCCUUCUUGGUUUGGUAAGAACAGUACACAAAACCGUAUCAAUCGGACUACUUCGGAAUUAGCUGCACAUUUACGAUUAGCAACUCAUUGUGGUUCAUCAAACCCGCUUACAUUAUUGCUAGAUUAUGCUACACCAAUCUCUGAACUUAUCACUCGUCCACUUAAAGAAGGUGAUAUUGACAGUGCUAUUCAAUUUCUAAUUAAUUAUCAAAUAACAAGAGAAGAUGUUGAUUCUAUAAUGGAAUUAACUACUUGGCCGAAUCGACCGAAUCGAAUGCUUAGUGUUGAUUCGAAAGUCAAAGCUGCAUUAACACGUACGUAUAAUAAAUCAUCGCAUUUACUACCGUAUGUCAUCUCAUCAAGUGGUUCCUUUAAACGUAAACGUGGUGGUGGUGCUCCAGUUUCAUUUGAAGGGGAAAUUGAAAAUGAUUCUGGUCUAUUCGACGAUGAUGAUGAAGAAGAAGAACAGGAAGACGAAAAAGUCGACCUGAAGAAUGAUGCCAUGAUUUUAAUUAAAAAAGAAGAUCCAAAAAAGCGCAUAAACACUGAGAAAUCCAAAUUACAACGAGGAGAGCAAUGUUCAUCUUCUGAUAGCAACAAUACAAAAGAACGUGGUCGAGGUCGUGGUCGCGGUAGAGGUAGAGGUAGAGGGAAAGAUUGAAACACAUAUGCAUACAUUCAUUCGCUUGCUGUUAUUCUUACGGUUUCGAUAGCAUUUCAUCUCAUCACUAAACGCUGUACAAGAGAUAAACAAAUCUAUUUGUUUGUUUGUUUUUUUUAUUGAAAAUAAGAAAUAUGUAUUUUUAUCUUUACCCUGCCAUUGUUUAUUUAAUAGGUUCUAUUUUUUUCGUAACUUAUUGGGUUAAACUGCAUUGCUCUAUUGUUAAACAUCAGAUUAUAGAUUCAAUAAAUGUAAUUGUAUUAUUU